GUGGAACCGAAAUCGUUCACUUUCACUCUGCAAGUCAUGGAAAAGUUUGAGCCAUUCUAGCUCAGUGCUCCAGCUGCUUGUCUUUAUUUCCCCAGUGGGAUUUUUAAUACAUUGAAGAUGGUACUAGAACAGUACACUACAGCCACAGAAGGUACCCACGUAGAAAGGCCAGAGAACCAGUAUGUGUACAAAAUUGGCAUUUAUGGCUGGAGGAAGCGUUGCCUCUACCUGUUCGUCCUUCUCCUACUUAUCAUUCUCCUUGUAAAUUUUGCCCUUACAAUUUGGAUACUUAAAGUGAUGUGGUUUUCCCCGACUGGAAUGGGCCACUUACGUGUUACAAAAGAUGGACUUCGCUUGGAAGGCGAAUCCGAAUUUUUAUUCCCACUGUAUGCUAAAGAAAUACACUCCAGAAUGGACACAUCACUCCUUCUGCAGUCAACUCAGAAUGUGACGGUCAAUGCACGGAACUCUGAAGGGGAGGUCACAGGCAGACUGAAAGUGGGUCCCAAAAUGGUAGAAGUCCAGAGUCAACAAUUUCAGAUUAACUCCAAGGAUGGCAAGGCCCUGUUUACUGUUGAUGAAAAGGAAGUGGUAGUUGGCACUGAUAAACUUCGAGUAACUGGGCCUGAGGGAGCUCUUUUUGAACAUUCAGUGGAGACACCUUUAAUCAGAGCAGACCCAUUUCAGAAUCUAAGAUUGGAAUCCCCCACACGGAGUCUAAGCAUGGAUGCCCCAAAAGGUGUUCAUAUAAAAGCUCAUGCUGGGAAAAUUGAGGCCCUUUCUCAAAUGGAUAUUAUUUUUCACAGUAGCGAUGGAAUGCAGCUUGUGCUUGAUGCUGAAACUGUGUGUUUGCCCAAGCUGGUACAGGGAACUCACGGGCCUGCUAGCAGUUCACAAAGACUCUACGAGAUCUGUGUGUGCCCAGAUGGGAAGCUUUAUCUCUCGGUGGCGGGCAUGGGUACCACAUGCCAAGAAAACAGUCAUGUCUGUCUCUAAACUCUCUGCAUCUUCCACGGAGCACCUGCCUGCCUUGUUCUAGUAUGGCUUCAGUCCUUCACACUUGGACAGUAACUUAACAUCCUGAAAUGCUCAGACAACAACUGGGAACAGAAAGACAUACUUUCAAAACAACUCGGAAAAGAAAACACAAGAGUGGGAAUAUUUCGACUAAGCUACAUUUCACAGUGCCACAUGGACAGAAGACACAGACUUCAAAGUCUAUCAAAAGGAUAUGUUUAUUCCUCUGGACUUUCAUCAGAACCACUGUGACUUGCCCUUGCUUCCCUCCUCAUCCCUUGUAAUGUCAAUGUACAGUUAAAUAUUGAGUGCUAUGUGCAAAGAAAUGAUGGUUUCAGCUGUGGAUCUCUAUCUCUCCAUAAAAUACCACUGGUAAACCCUAAUAUGCCUCAAGGAGCUAUAAGGUGUUACCCUACUGUAACUCAGCCCUGUAAAUUUUAAUGCAAAGCAUUGUCAGCCUUCAUGAGAAAAAUCUUGUUUUUGAAGGUGCUUUGAUCUGACUUUCAACAUGUAGUCAAAGGAAUAAAUUAUUCAAAAUCAAUCAUUCCAUAUAGACAAGAGCAAUAAAAAUCAACCUACAGUUUUCAGAAUAUUCACACUUUGGGUAUCUUUACUUUCUUUAACCCUCUCAAAAAUUCUGAGAUUGCUAUUGAUAGACCCAGACUCCCAAGGUCCUACUGAAAUUAACAAAAAAAAAAAUGAAAGUAGUUUCCACUCAAAUAUUUUCAUUCUUAUUCCUUCCGAAACACACAUCUAUUUGGGAUAAUAUUCAUUUGGUAAUCAAAGAAGCUAAAGUCCAAAGGAGUUUUGUCAUCCACCAGGAAAGAUCAAACAGCUGACAAGUUGUAGUACUAAUUGCCUUGAGUAUGUAUUUACCUUGACACAGAGAUGACAGUUUAGUCUGUCACUUCAAAGAACCAAAUUCCCACAGUUUCUGAGUAUAUGCUUAGUAUACUAUACUCAUAUAUAUUGGCUACUGUGUUGCUGUGUAAAUCAACUGGGGCAUACAGAAUCUAUAAAAACAUGUUUGUUUUGUAUAAAUUCUUCAGUGUUUAACACCUUCACAUCACACCCCCCGACACACCCUCUCACACACACACACACAGAUCAACUUUGGUUUUGUUUUCUCUAAUUGUGUUAAUAAGAAUCCCCAAACAGCGCAAGAUGUAGUAGCACCAACAGCACUGAAAUUUUCUAAUUAUAGGAUUCACAACUAUAAACACAAGUUCAAAUUCAUUUUUACCAAGUCUCAAAAUUAGAGUAAACUCUAUCUAAUGCUACUUUAACUGCUGUCAAUUUAAAAGUGUAGCCUGUUUAUUCCCAAUAUUUUGUGGGUAAAGGGGUGGGGGCCAUGCCCAGCAGUGUUCAGGGCUCUGGACUCAAGGAAUUCUGGUUCUGCACUCCUGGACUUUAUAUGAUAAAGUGAAGAUCACUCCUGGUAGUGCUGGGGGAUGAGAGAGUGGGUGAGGCAUAUGGAAUGCCAGGGAGCAAACUUAGGUCAGCCACGUGCAAGUCAAGUGCCGUACCCACUGUACAAUUGCUCCAACCCUCACCAUUCUCCAAUAUUUUAAAUUCUAAUGUUCACAGCAUUUGGAACUGCAAAAUAUAUGUGUAUAUAUACAUAUAUGCAUUAUAUAUAUACAUAUAUAUAAAAUGCUUCCUAAGCAGUUAAACAAAACAACUCUAAAUACGUGCCUAUUGUUUUUCAGGGGUAGUGAGCAUUUUUAGAAUAUGAGUUUGUAUUACCAUUUUCCAUUCAUUAAGUUCUUAUUUUUAGAUUGCAUUGACAUAGUAAAACGUGUAGCUUUUAUUUCCUGUUAUAUUUUCUUGAUCUAUGAUUACACAAAUAUUUUCAAGCCUAGUUGACAUAACAAAAUCACCACAGAACAUUUAUAAAUGAGCUUGUCUCUUAUAACACAUGUUAAAAACAACCCCCCAAAAUAUGGUUAUUAUAUGAUAAAGUGAGGUCAAGAAAAAAGAAUCAAGGUGAAAGGUAUGAAAAGUACCUUUUGGGGCAGUUCAGAUAGAGAAGGGAGCACCAAAUAAAGGGUGUUUGGAGGAUCCUCCCAGGAGGGGAAAUGCAUGUUGAAAGUAGACUAUGGACUGAACAUGUUUGCCACUCAAUGCCUCUUUUGCAGACCACAACACCCAAAAGGAGAGAGAGAACAAAAGGGAAUGCCCUGCCACAGAGGCAGGGUGGGGGGUGAGGGUGGGGGGGAUGUUAUCCAUGGUGGUGGAAAAUGGGCACUGGUGGAGGGAUGGGUAUUUGAUCAUUGUAUGACCAAAACCCAAGCACAAAGAUUUGUAAAUCUACAACUGUACCUCAUGGUGCUUCACUAAUAAAAUUUAAAAAAAAAAAGACCCUGAAAAAAAAAAGUACCUUUUGAAUGAAAGAUGUAACUAUUUUGCCACUUUGCUAUAAGGAUCAUUAUGAAGGAAGCUGUGCAUAACUGUUCAGAGUGAUUGAUUUCCUUUGAUUAGAAACAAAGCUUUCAGAUAAACUCUCGUUGGUCCAAGGUUAAGAAUAAGAACAUGUCUAGUGAGAAAUAUACACUGAUACCCCUUAUAUGUGGUUUAUAGACCAUUCAGUGUAGAUGUUUUAGUGACCCUCCCCCCAAAUAACCCUUCUUUCCAAUUUUUAAAGCAACAGAGAAUUCACAAUAAAAAGAAUGAAGAUCAAAAUACCUACUUUAAUAAUAAAAGAUCCUUCAUUUGAAGCAAAAUGAAUGUCCUGAAGCUUGAAAGUUAUGCAGAACUU